UCGCUCUCGCUCUCACUCUCACUCUCACGAGUUGCACCUCUUUUUUCAAAGAAACCAACCAACUAUUUUGCUUUCAUAAAACCCCUCCAAAUUUCCCAUCGAUCAAACAAAACAAUAAGGAAAUUACAGUCCUCAACAUCAACAAGUUUUGCCAUUGCGAAACUUCUCCAUCACACAAAACAAAAGCCUCGGCCUUGAGAUCUCUCUAUCUCCGUUCGCCGGAAGCGGCAGCGCCGGAAUGUGGGCGUGAAGAGUAAGGAAAAUGAGUUUCCAGCAGAGGUUUUCAAUUUCAUGGGACUCUAAUCACCAUCGUCUCUUGAGGCCGCUUCUCAAGUCUCCGGCUAGAUCCUCUCUCCUCUUCUUCUUCUCUCUCUUCCUCCUCCUCGGCGCGUUCCUCUCCACGCGCCUCCUCCAUUAUUCCACCACGGUAGCAGGUAAUUUGUCUCGGAGCAGAAUAAAAGAAGGUACGAAAUCUCAUUUUUACCCCAACAACACUUCCGAAAUUCCGAAAAAGCCAAGAAGACGACAAGUCGAAUUUGCACUCGAUUGCGCGUCCUUCAAUAACCUCACAGUCACAGGAGGAGCAUGCCCCGCCUGCUACCCGGCGGAUUGGACAGGCGAGGAAGAUCCGGACCGUGGAGCGGGGGCCACGUGUCCGGAGUACUUCCGUUGGAUCCACGAGGACCUGCGGCCGUGGGCCCGCACGGGGAUCACGAGGGCGGCGGUGGAGGCGGCGAAACGGACGGCGAAUUUCCGGCUGGUGAUCGUGAAGGGGAAGGCUUACGUGGAGAGUUUUGAGAAGUCGUUUCAGACGAGAGAUAGUUUUACGGUGUGGGGGAUCCUACAGUUGUUACGGAGGUACCCCGGGAAGGUGCCUGAUCUGGAGCUCAUGUUUGAUUGCGUUGACUGGCCCGUGAUUUUGACCCGCCACUUUAGUGGGCCUAAUGGGCCGCCCCCUCCUCCUGUGUUUCGCUAUUGUGCUGAUGAUGCCACGCUGGACAUUGUUUUUCCUGAUUGGUCCUUCUGGGGAUGGCCAGAGAUCAAUAUAAAGCCAUGGGAGCAAUUGUUGAAGGAUCUGAAAGAAGGGAACAAAAGGAUCCCAUGGAAGAGGAGAGAGCCUUAUGCUUAUUGGAAGGGAAAUCCAGCCGUGGCCAAAACCCGACAAGAUCUCCUCAAAUGCAAUGUCUCCGACCAACAAGACUGGAAUGCCCGUGUAUUCGCUCAGGAUUGGAUGAAAGAAUCCCAGCAAGGAUACAAUGAAUCAGAUCUUGCAAACCAAUGUCUUCAUAGGUACAAAAUCUAUAUAGAAGGAUCAGCUUGGUCCGUUAGUGAAAAGUACAUUCUUGCUUGCGAUUCUGUUACCUUUAUCGUCAAGCCCCGUUACUACGACUUCUUCACGAGAGGUUUGAUGCCGGUGCACCACUACUGGCCCGUAAAGGAAGACGACAAGUGCAAGUCUAUAAAAUUUGCAGUUGAGUGGGGCAACAGCCAUAAGCAAAAGGCGCAGGCCAUUGGCAAGGCAGCAAGCAGUUUCAUCCAAGAGGAGCUGAAGAUGGACUAUGUGUAUGACUACAUGUUUCAUCUUCUAAGUGAAUAUUCUAAACUUCUAAUUUUCAAGCCAAUGAUACCGCGAGGUGCGACCGAGCUAUGUUCGGAGGCAAUGGCUUGUCCAGCUGAAGGGUUAACUCGAAAAUUCAUGAUGGAAUCAUUGGUGAAAAGCCCUGCAGAUGCGAGCCCAUGCACAAUGCCACCCCCGUAUGAUCCUGCAUCGCUUCAUUUUGUUCUUAGUAGAAAAGUGAAUUCAAUCAAACAAGUAGAAAAAUGGGAGAAAUCUUUCUGGGAUGGCCGAAGCAAGCAGCCAUAGAGACCCCUCCCCUGUUCUUCCUCCUUAAACAGGUAUUCGUUACAUUUGAAACACAUGCCAUUUUCUUUCAUCUUCUUCCAUCAGAAUUUCAAUACAAAAAAGUUCGAUCAAUGAUGAUCAUAUCAUACAAAAACUCAUUUGGGUGUUCUUCUCUUAACAUGUUUUCCUCUUCAAGUUGUUCAAAUUAAAUCUUUCCAUUCUGGUUCAUUUAGAAACAUGAAAAACAAAGAGUUACGAAUCAUGUGAAAGAAUAAUUUUAUAUAGAAUUACAAUAGAUCAUUACAGCUUUAGAGCUCAAUAAAACCCCAUGAAGCAGAAACAAGACUCUGAAAAAGACAAAAACAUACAAAAAGAAAAGAAGAAAAUCAGAGUGGCAUCACAACAUUAUGCCAAGUCUCAAGAAUGAAGACAGAGAAAAA